UACAUGUAAAUGUGACAAAGGAUCUGCUUAAUAGCCGUUGACUGCAUAUUUCAUGAUAUUGUGGUGCGUCCGUGUGUGUUUUAGAGGAAGGUUCAGAAUUGCGUUGAUUUGAGGACUACUGAAUGAGAGGAAGCUGGGUUUGAAGACCGUGAUCUUUUCCUGUUGAAAGAUGUCACUCUCUACGUUCGUCCUUCUGACCACAUUUGUCAGUUGUUGCCAUGGGGCCAAGAUUCUUCUUAUGCCAACUCCAUUAACAAGCCACUGCCUGGAAAUUAUGUCCAUUGGGCAAGCUCUUCUGAAACGAGGCCAUGACGUUACCUUGUUUGCCGUCCUCUCUGAUUCCAAAUCCUGUAUCGGAAAGUUUGAUAUGGAGACUUUCAAGGAGAAAUUCACUCUUAUUGUUCCUGAUCUGGACCCAUCGAUACAGAAGGCACAUGAUGAUGUGAUGACAACUGUAGGCAAACUCAUUUUUAAUCGAGGUAGGAAUGUGGGAAAUGUUUUUGAACUUUUGAAACCAAUGAUCCAUAAUCACUGCAGUGCUGCAAUGAAAGAUAGGGUUGUUUUAGAAAGGUUGAAAAAGGACAAUUAUGACAUUGCAUUGAUAGAUCGAAUGCCUGGUUCUGAAUGUCUGUUUGCAAUCGCCGCCUAUCUUGGGGUUCCAACAGCUGCUGUGUUCUCCUACCUUGACCCCAGAGACACUGGAAUGCCUCUACAAAGUAACACAUUACCUCACUUGAUGUCUAGUUUCACCAAUGACAUGACAUUCCCUGAAAGAUUCCUCAACACAUUAUCCUUCUUCGCCAGUCGUAUCAUGUACAAAGUGUUUUUAACAUCUGCAGACUACUCCAUGUUGGAUGAAAAACUGGAAGGUGUCGACGCCAACAAUCUGGUAACAAAGUCUUUGCUUUUAUAGAAAACUCUGACUAUAUCAUUGACUACCCCAAAGCUGUGUUUCCGAAUUUUGUUCAGUGUGGUGGUCUGACAGCAAGCCCAGCAAAUCCACUUUCAGCUGAGAUGA